AUGCAACCUAGGCGUGUAUUUGGGACUUUGCCCCAAUUGGAUAACCCUGAACAUGAUCAUGUCAUGGAGCUGACAUCUCCUAUGCAAGGCAUGGAACAGGGACAUCAGGAAGGAGUAGGAAUCACCCCUUCUAAACAGGCUGACCAACCGGAUAUGGAAUCAUUUCAACUUGCCACAGCUAGGAUCCUAGACCCUAGGCAUGAGAAUCCAGGGAAUAACACACCCUUGGAGGACCCUGCCACCAGGGAAAAGGAAACCCCUUUGGUAGAUAAGGCAACCAGGAAUAAGACAGUGAAGGAUUUUAUUGAAGACUUCUUUGCCAAAUUCCCUGAGGAAACUCAACCACCAAAAACUGAGGCAAACAGGAAACGGAUUACUAAUGACCACCUUACAAGUACCCAAAAGGUCUAUGGAUUCUUAAUGGAACUAGUAAUGGGAGUCAAAAGGUUGGAGAAACAUAUUGACAACCAUCUAAAGAUGGAACAGGAAAUGCUGGAUCGAGGCAUUUCUCAGGAGGUGAUUGAUGAAUUGGAUAAAAUACUUCCCUUGUCUUCCCUCUGGGAGGCUGAGAACCACAGUGAAUCCAAUUCCGAUAAAUCAGGGUUUACUGAAAUCCAAUGUGAGGGCAAAGGGCAAUAA